CUCUCUCAUCUUCACUCUUAACAAAUCAAAAAAAGCACAACUUUUCACACCAAAUUUUCCAUUUUUGUUUCUUCCUUUACGAUCAUGUGGGUAGAUCUCUGAUGGGACUUCUCAUACAUGUGCUUCACUAGACCAGCAUUGCCUGAAUUGCCUCUUCUUUGAAUCUUUAUGAACAUAUAUUUAUUUAAAUAUGAUCGUUCACAGGUGAGUUUGAUGCAAUUCAAACAGCCCUAAAAAUUGUUUCAUUGCAUUUUCUCGUAAAGAUCAUCAUGGGGAUGCCAUAUAUAACUUGCUGAAAUCCCUCAGUACUCAUCUGUUCUUGAGCAAACCCAAAUCUUUGAAGAAUCCGUUCUUUAUUGUGUAAAAAAGCAAAGAUGUCGUCGAAGGGAGCUGUGUAUGUAGCAAUUGCUGCCGCCAUUGGCAACAUGUUGCAAGGAUGGGAUAAUGCCACAAUUGCAGGAGCUGUUCUUUACAUCAAAAAGGAAUUCCAUUUAGAAACACAACCAACAAUCGAAGGGCUAAUCGUAGCCAUGUCACUAAUCGGUGCAACAGUUAUCACAACAUUCUCAGGACCUGUAUCAGACAACAUCGGAAGGCGUCCAAUGCUUAUAAUUUCUUCAAUGUUUUACUUCACUAGUGGUCUAGUAAUGUUUUGGUCUCCAAAUGUUUACGUUUUGCUAAUAGCAAGACUUCUUGAUGGGUUCGGGAUAGGUCUGGCUGUGACACUUGUGCCCUUAUAUAUCUCUGAAACAGCCCCAUCAGACAUUAGAGGACUGUUGAAUACACUUCCACAGUUCACGGGUAGUAUUGGAAUGUGUUUAGCGUACACUAUGGUAUUCAUUAUGUCAUUAAAAUCCGAUGCCAGUUGGAGAAUGAUGCUUGGGGUCCUCUCUUUACCUUCUGUUGGGUACUUUCUUUUAACUUUGUUUUUCUUGCCUGAAUCUCCUCGAUGGUUGGUGAGUAAAGGGAAGAUGGAUGAGGCUAAAGUUGUCCUCCAGUGGCUUCGUGGCAAAGAAGAUGUAUCGGGAGAAAUGGCGUUACUAGUUGAAGGUCUAGAAGUGGGAGGAACUGAAACGUCAGUAGAAGAGUACGUCAUCGGGGCUGAUAACGAGCUUAGUGAAGAUCACGUUGAAGAGAAAGAUCAGAUCAAGUUAUAUGGAGCAGAAGAAGGUCAAUCAUGGGUGGCUAAACCUGUGAGGGGCCAAAGCUCUUUAGUCUUAGCUUCACGUCAAGGAAGUGUGACAGCACAUAUGAUGGAUCCGAUGGUGACUCUAUUCGGAAGUGUCCACGAGAAACAAAACGAAAAUGGAAGUAUGAAAAGUAUGCUUCUUCCAAAUUUCGGAAGCAUGUUCGCUCAAGAACACCAUAAAACAGACAACUGGGAUGUCGAGAGCAAUCACGACAAGGGUAAUUUGUCAGAUGAUGAUGAUGAUAAUAACUUGAAGAGUCCAUUGUUAUCUCGUGAAGCAACAGAAAGAGACGUGGGUGCCCCUGCUUCAAGGGGUAGUAUGUUAUUGAACAACGCUAAUGAGACAACCGCCGCCAUGGGGAUUGGCGGUGGAUGGCAGCUGGCUUACAAAAAGACCGACGAUGGGAAGAAAUCCGGUGGACUUAAGAGGAUCUACCUGCACCAGGAGGGCGGCGCCGCCGUUGAAUCUAGACGUGGGUCAAUUGCUGCACUUGGUGUCGGUGGUGGUGGUGAUGGUGAGGCUGUUCGUGCGUCGGCUCUUGUGAGUCGAUCGGUUCUUUGUCUAGACAAUGUCACCGGAGAAAACCCUAUUCAGACAGGUACAAUCAAGCCGCCGCCGUCUGCUAAAAAGGGCACAAGUUGGUCGGAGCUUUCAGAGCCUGGUAUUAAACAAGCGUUGAUUGUUGGUGUAGGGAUUCAAAUACUUCAACAGUUUUCUGGUAUAAAUGGAGUUUUGUACUACACUCCUCAAAUUCUUGAACAAGCUGGGGUAGGAAUUCUUUUGUCUAGCAUGGGAAUUGGUUCUGAAUCGGCUUCUUUUCUCAUUAGCGGUGUCACAACCUUAUUGAUGCUUCCUAGCAUUGGUAUCGCCAUGAGGCUUAUAGAUGUAGCUGGCCGAAGGAUGUUGCUCCUAGCUACACUACCGGUUCUUUUGACAUCACUCAUUGUACUAGUUUUGAGCAAUAUGAUUCACAUGGAUUCAGUAACCCAUGCAGUUAUCUCCACCAUUAGUGUUGUAGUUUACUUUUGCACAUUCGUCAUGGGUUUUGGACCAAUCCCCAACACACUUUGCUCAGAGAUCUUCCCAACGCGUGUGAGAGGCCUUUGUAUCGCCAUUUGUGCACUUACCUUUUGGGUCGGAGACAUUAUAGUCACUUACACACUUCCAGUGCUGCUCACCACCAUUGGCCUUCAGGGUGCUUUUGGAAUCUAUGCGGUUGUAUGUACCAUCUCAUGGUUUUUUGUUUACUUCAAAGUGCCUGAAACAAAGGGUAUGCCACUUGAAGUCAUUACAGAAUUCUUCGCCAUGGGUGCUAAUAAGAAGUCAAAUUGAUGAGAUUAUGAAGAUUGAGACAAGCACAAAACCUUUCGAUGAUGUGGUAGGGCUCAAGAUCAAGAAACUAUAUAUGUGCUAAGAGGUCGAAAGGAAUCAAAUAAAUUUGUUAUGAUUCACAUCAUAGUUUGUAUUGAAUUUUUGCACUUUAAGUUUCAUUUCAUUGAGGUUACAAACAUGAUAUCGGGAU